GCCCUGCAGGGGCCGAGAGAGCUCGGCACCCGCCCUUUUCGUCAACCGGUGGGAGCAGCGUCGGUCCGGGAGGUCUCUGGGCUGAGGCGGCAGUCGCUCCUCCGGCUCCAUCAUGUCCACGGGCGGAGACUUCGGGAAUCCGCUGAGGAAAUUCAAGCUGGUGUUCCUGGGGGAGCAGAGCGUUGGAAAGACAUCCUUGAUCACCAGAUUCAUGUAUGACAGUUUUGACAACACCUAUCAGGCAACAAUUGGUAUUGACUUUUUAUCAAAAACAAUGUACUUGGAAGAUCGAACAAUCAGGCUGCAGCUGUGGGAUACUGCGGGUACGAUUGCAAUUAUGGGACACAGCAGGUCAAGAGCGGUUCAGGAGCUUGAUUCCUAGCUACAUUCGUGACUCCACUGUGGCAGUUGUUGUUUAUGAUAUCACAAAUGUUAACUCAUUCCAGCAAACUACAAAAUGGAUUGAUGAUGUCAGAACAGAAAGAGGAAGUGAUGUUAUCAUCAUGCUAGUAGGAAAUAAAACAGAUCUUGCUGAUAAGAGGCAAGUAUCAAUUGAGGAGGGAGAGAGGAAAGCCAAAGAGCUGAAUGUUAUGUUUAUUGAAACUAGUGCAAAAGCGGGAUACAAUGUAAAGCAGCUCUUCCGACGUGUUGCAGCAGCUUUGCCUGGAAUGGAAAGCACACAGGACAGAAGCAGAGAAGACAUGAUUGACAUAAAACUGGAAAAGCCUCAGGAUCAACCAGUCAGCGAAGGAGGCUGUUCCUGCUAAUCCCUCUUGGCCUCUUCAACUUUUCUCCAGAAGCUCACUGCUUUGGCCCCCUUACUCUUUCAUUGACUGCAGUGUGAAUAUUGGCUUGAACCUUUUCCCUUCAGUAAUAACGUAUUGCAAUUCAUCAUUGCUGCCUGUCUCGUGGAGAUGAUCUAUUAGCUUCACAAGCACAAAAAAGUCAGUGUCUAUAUUAUUUAUAUUUUACAAAAAGUCAGACAAUUCCAGCAUAUUCCAGUGAUCAUUUUAAACAUUAGAUACAGUUUCUUAACUUUUUUUUCCUUUUUAAUGUUAUGAUAAUGCACUUCAAAAUGAUGGAAAUCUCAACAGUAUGUGGCUUGGUUAAGGAAUAGCUGUUCACAGCAGCAUUUGCCUACCUACUUGACCUCUCCCUGCUUUUUUCAUCUCUCCCUUACCCAUUUCCUAUUCUUACUCUCCACUCCUAAAAACAAACAAGAGGUGGCAAAGCAUCAGUCAGACCAAGCCCAUUGGAAUUAUCUUUAAGUUUUAGUGAUACCACUUGUUUUAGGCCUUGGGUCAAGAUGUCCAAAAUUAUUCUUGAGCACUGAAGUAAAUUAUUUAGACUUUAUUUGAGGUCAAAACUCAAUUAUCAUGGUAGGCAGUACUCAAAUAAGUGUUCUGGUGCAUCUUAAAAUGAGUCCUAAUGAACAUAGUACUUACAAGUAAUGAACAAAAAAUUUAUUUCUGACCAAAACUAAUGACCCUUUCACAUGUUAGAUUCUGGGAGAGAAAAGUAAAACAGAACAGGUUUUUUUAUAUUUCAUUUUUCUAAUGAACUGUCUCUUCCAAGAUUCUAAAAUUGUCAGAAUAGAGUUCUUCUGUUUAUUUAAAAGAAUUUUUUUAAGCAAUAGAUUUCUCCUGUUUUGUUUUGUUUUUUAAUGCUGUGCAGGCAAGGCACUAUAGAAAUAAAAUUCCUUUAAGAACCAGUGGAAGAAUUUAAAUUUGGCACCUUGGUCAAAACUACUAUAUCCAGUAGAAAUGAUGAUAUCUAAAGCUUACCAACAAAAGAAUCCUUAACAGAAUAGCAAAUACUUUGCUCAGGAUAUUUGGGGUCAGAUUGAAAAUGGCAGGUUUUCUUAAUAAGCCCCUAGAGGCAGAUCUGGAAAAGCAUACACAGAAGAGGAUAAGAGAGAAUGGAAAUAAAACUCAAUAUUAUUGCAGAUUUAUGCCUUAUUUUUUAGCUUUUUUAAAUGUUGGGUCUUUCAGGCUGGUUUUGCUUUUUAUUAGAUCUAUUGUAUAGUUUGGUUAAUUAACUAGUAAUUUAGUUUUAUAUUUAAGCUACAAUUAAUCUUCUUUCUUUGGUGAUAUUUAUUUCUUUGCCUUUAUUAAAACUACUUUUAAUUAUUAGAUGUUUUGUUUAAUCUAUUUAGAGCUUCAUCACCAUGGCAAUAUGUAUUUCCCUUAAAACACUGCAAACAAAUAUACUAGGAGUGCACCAUUUCAAUCUUUACUAGUUAUUGUGAGAUUGCUGUGUAAGUUAAACACGUUUGUAAAUACAUUAUUUGCAGGAAGAAAUUUUCUGAGUUAUGGCUCAGGAAAAGCCUGCUGAAUUUAUGUUGUAAGCAUUACUUAACACAGUAUAAAAAUGGAAAAAAACAAAAGUAUCUUCAUACUUCCUCAUCCCCUCAUUACAAUAAAACCCUUAACUGGGAGAACCUUAUUCCCCUCUCUUCCCUCUUCCUCCUCCACUUCCCAUUUAUUAUCACCUUCUAAUAUUCAGAGAGCACUUGAUAAAGGGUCUGAAUAGAGAAAUGUUUUAAGAUAAUCAUUAGCCCACAUACCAGUAACUUAUACUCAAAGAUGGGAUGGAGUUGUAAAGUGCUUUUAUAAUACAAUAUUAUUGUUAAAGGCAAGGGUUGACUCUUUUGUUUUAUUUUGACAUGGCAUGUCCUGAAAUAAAUAUCAAUUCAAUAUGGCAAAUGGGUCAUAUUCUUUAUUUGAAAGAAGUUGUGAUUUCUGACAUGGGGGUGAUUGAUUUCCUACACUGUAGCAUUUGAUUCUUUUUAUGUAUCUUUAAGACAGUAGUAACCAGUAUGCUGCUUUUAAUAUUGGUAUUUUGAUUUAGCUUAGGGUUCUUCAACUGAAGCAGUAAAAUGUAUUCAUAGACCAGAUUUUUUUUUAAAUAAACACAAUUUUGCUGCCAAAAAUAUAUAAAUAAAAUACAAAAGAAAACAA